AUGAUUGUCAAUUUUGCGGAAAAAUCUUACACGCUUCACUUGCAUAAAUUUAAUUCCUAUCAAAAGUUGUUCCAGUGUGGUAAUUAAAGUUGAGGACUUAACCAUUAAGUGUUUUAAACUCUUUUAGAAUUGAUUUAGAUCAGUGAACAAUAAUUUUGUGCUUGUAUAUUUUCUUAAAAGUUGUUUUAAACUGUGUCUAUCCGCCACGCUCAAGGCCGAAUUUUACGAAUAUCAUUAUCGUAUUCCACUAACACUUUGUGUGUACAUGCAAAUUGUUUGACAUUCUGUAUAGUGGGUGUGCGAAAUGGAUGAAGAAUUGAUAUUACAACAGCCGGCAGACCGUCGACUGGGCACUGGAAAUACCUUACCGCCUGGCCCACCAGGUGCAGAAAACGAUGUUGUAGACUAUGAAACUAAUAAACCAAAAAUUGAAAAAGAAUCAAAUAGAAGUUCAACGAGCCGUUCAAGUCGUCGUCGUUCGCCGUCUGGCAGUCCACCGCGGUCGAGACGUAAAUCUCCUUCCCGUGGUAGACGAUCACCAUCACCUUUAGAUGGUGGUAGCCGUCGACGACGACGUUCACCAUCGCCACCACCACGUCGAAAUCGUUUUCGUGACUAUUCGCCAGAUCGACGCCGUUUUGAUGGUGGUGGACGUAAUAUACGCCGCUCGCCUGAUAGGCGACGCGGUGGUGGUCGUGACUUUCGCUAUCGAGGUCGUAGUAAUAGCCGUUCGCGUAGUCGUAGUGUAUCGCCACGUAGGGGUGGAGGUAGCCGUUGGUCACCCAAAAAGAAGCCAAGUUCGCCCUUACCAAUUAAUGCGCCCCCACCACCACAAGUAUCCCAACCACAAACCCAAUAUAACGCUAUGCCCCCUCAAUUAUAUGCAAACGAUACAUAUGCACCAACAGCAUAUAAUCAAUAUGCAGUACCGCCACCACAACAAGCAGGUGGUUUCCCACCACAAACAGCUGCUGAUGCUUAUGGUAUGCAAGCACCGGCACCGCCCGUAUUUAACACAGCUUAUCCACCACCACCAGUUUGGACAGCAAAUGACGCUUAUGCACAACAGCCUUGGAUACCAACACCAGAUCCCAGUCAACUACCACAAAUCGCUCAACAGCCACCACCAGUAGCUGCACCGACUACUAUACCACCUCCACAAAUUGUGCAACAACCAACAGUAAUCGAAACUGCACCAGUUGCAAUUGAAUCAAGUUCAAAACACGAUGCAGCUGUAGCACAAGAAGCGGAAAAUCAACGUGACGAAUUAAAACGUCAACGAAGCAGUUAUCUUAAAAAGACAUCAUUGCUGCGCAAAGAAUUGAAAAUGCUGAAAGAUCAACGCAAGGAUCUACAUAGUGGUGGGGCUGCACCACCAUCGCCAACAACAAAGGGAUUCAUCGAUGAAAACGAAAAGCUGCAGAAUCAAAUACAAAAGAAACUCAACACCAUUGAAAAUGUCAUUGAUAUGCUGACGGGCAUUAUUGGCGAGGAGAAUUUGGAAAGAGACGACGAACUAUACGGCAGUGAUAAAAGCGAAAAGGAGGAACCAGCAGCUAAGAAACACGCGAAAGAACCAACAUUGUCGCUGCAGCCAGCUAGUGUUGGUGCUAACAACGAACGCAGUCGCAAGAAGAAACGUAAAAAUUCGAGUACUUCAUCGACCAGUAGCACGGGUAGCUCCAGCAGCAGUACCAGCACUUCGUCCAGUUCAUCUUCAUCCGAAAACGAAGUGGAGGAGGAGGACGACGAUAGUUCGCCUGAGCGUUUAAAGAACAAAGCAAUGGAGUCAAUGAAAGCAAAAGCAAAGGAGGGUGUGAAACGCGAACUGAAGGAAGAGAAAUUAUUCGAUGAGAAGAAACGUUUCAAUUAUGUCUUUUAUGAUCCGGAAAUGCAUUGGUGUCAGACAUGUGAUGUUUUCCCAAAAACGGCUAAGGAUUACUUAAACCACUUGCACUCGAAAGAGCAUAUGGAUCGUGAAUGCAUCGAAACACCAUGGCAUACUGAUGCAGCAACUGAUCAAUUUCCAAAUUAUGAAAAUGCGCCAACGAAACGCACGCCGAUUCGUGGCCUCACGUUCUUUGUACCAGCUUCGGCAUGGUUUUGUAAAUUGUGCAACAAUUGGAUGGGCGAUUUGCAUUGCGCCUCAACACAUUUGAAAUCACAAAUACACGCUAGCAAAUACAAUGCCUUUUUGGAGAAAAAUCCACAUUUUGAAGUCAAUUGGUUGGCAGAUCGUCAACGUGUGCUGAAUGAACGUAAAACAUUGCCACCACCACAGCAAAUAACGUCGGUCUCGACGACCGCGGCAGAGAGCACACCCAAUAAGAAAUCGAAGAAGGAGGAGAAAGUCAAGAAACGAAAGAAGAAGGGAUCGGAUAAAAAGGAUAAGAAGAAAAAGCGUAAGCGCUCCAAGAAGCGCAAGAAGAAUGCAGCGACCACAUCGACUUCCAGUGACUCAUCGUCUUCGGACAGUGAGAAACCCAACAAAACCAAGAGUAAAUCACCAAUAGUCAUACAAGGCUUGGAUAAUCCAAAUCCUGCACUCUCAAUACGUGUAGCCAUGCGUAAACAAGAUUUGGGUAAGGCAGAAGAUGAUACACCACCACCACCAGCGCCACGUUUGCGCAUCGACACUGCACCACAUCCAGUGCCACCGCCCACAGUUACCGUAGCGAAUAGCAGCACUGCCGAUAAGGUCGAUCCAGCAGCCCUAUUGGCCAACAGCGGGCGGUUGAGUAAAUGGACUGAGGCGCAAGAUAACAGCGCUAAAGUAGCCGCCGGUGCACCACAACGCACGGGUGCACAGGAUGACAAAAAUGAUGACACAAUCUUGCAGCAAUGGAAUAAUGUGCAGCCGGUUAUAAGCGAGAGUGAAAAGAAGCUACUGGAGCAGUUGAAGGGCAAAUUAAAAAAUAAACCACACGAGAGUGCAACAACACCGGCCGGCGCGUCGAUACGCAGCAACAAUGAUGGCAACUCGGAUCGACGCGUACGUGACCGCGACCGCGAUCGUGAACGUGAGCGUGAUCGUGAACGCGACCGUGAUCGUGAUCGUGACCGCGAUCGCAAUGACAGAGAUCGUAGUGAUCGUAGACGGCGUUCGCGCAGUCCUGUCUUUGGCGGUGGCGGUGGACGUGGGCGCAUGCGUCGCACACGUAGUCGCACGCGCAGUCGCAGUCGCGGACGCGCCGCUUCGCCAUAUGGACGCAGAAGGCGCACACGUUCACGUUCGCGUGGACGCAGAAGCCGUUCCUUCGAGCGCCGACGCCGCUACAGCCGUUCACGUACUCGUUCGCGCACACGUUCCAGCAGUCGCAGUCGCAUUGAGAAGCCAAUUGUACGGCAUCCCGAAUUUAGACCACGUGUGCCCGAAAAGGACAAGGAGCGGGAGAAGCGUUCAACUACCGAGAUGAAGGACAAAAAGAAUGCCGACAAGAAGAGCAAAAGCAUCAGCACUUCGUCGACUGCAACGAGCGGCAAGAAAUUACCGUUCAUCGGUAAAAUGCCUGUAUUCAAAAAACAAACGGCCGGUCAAGCAGAUGGCAAUGGCGCCGAAAACACUAUGACUUACGCCGGCGACAAUAGUCAGCAUGCUAAUCCGACCGCAUACGUGCCGCAACGUCCACCUGCGCCUACCGCAGCACAAAUACAAAUGGCCAUGAUGGAGGACGUGUACGGCAAUGCGCCGCCAUUCCAUCCGGAUGCCGGCAUGAUGAUGGACUACGAGGAGUUGAUGCCCGAUCCCAUACAGUUUGUGAAUUUGAUGGGCCAAGCGCCGCCGCCGCCACCACCACCAGCUGCCGAUGGUGGUGCAAAAUCCACAAAUGCCACGGACGAUGAAGCCGAGGAUAUACUGCCACCAGGUAUCGAUGUGGCCGAGAGUGAUGACUGUGUGCCCCGACCGAUUUCCGACGGACCAUUGCCGCGUAAAGGACCGCUGCCGAAGGAUCUCGAAGAGGCGCUGAAUAUAAUAUUCCCGGGCGAAAAGAAGUCGGACGAUGAGGAUGCCGAUGACGUUAAGAAAGCCAAAUCCACAGGCGAAACACAAAUAAUUACCGAAGAACCGAUUAUGCAACCGGAGGAUCUGGUUAAGGAAGGCAUACAUAUGGUUACUAUUGAGGAAACAUCAAUGGUCGGCAUGGAUGAGGCUUCACAGAUGAGCAUGAACGAACCUUUAGUGUUCAAUAAGCCCGCAAGUUCGAUGCCAACUGAAGUGGUCACAACGAACGCCAACAAUAUUACGACAAAUGUACCGCAAAUAGUUGACAUUACGUCACAAGAUGCGGCGGACAUUGAUUUGAACGCCAUACAACCGCCGCCCCCACCAACCACAACCGCUGCCACAGCAGCAGCGGAUGUGCCAGCUGGCAGUGAGUUACCAGCAUCUACAGCUGCUGCAUUCAAUGGCGUUGCUAACACGCCAGCAGUUGAGGAGUCCAGCAGCGAUAGCAAGAAUUCCACUGAAGAGCCGGAUUUGGCGCCCGUACCCGAUGACAUACCGAUGCCGACAUCGAAGACAUCCAUCGAAGACGUUGCCAAUAUCGUUUACGACUUAGAUGAUAUACCACAGCCGCCGCCGUCGCCCACAGAGAGCGAGAAGAAUCGCCGACAGGAGGAGCUCAAUGAUUUGGCUAUGUUGGGCAUUGACGCGGACGACAUGGCAGCCCAGUGCAUAUAAGCACUGAUGGCGUUUAGCUUAUAUUUUAUUUUAAAAGUAAUCAAAACAUUUCAUUCUACAACUAGAGAGUUGUAACCGUCUGUAUUUAAUCCGUUACAAAAUAGUUUGUAGUAGAAAUGACGAUGUGUAAUCAAGUGGAAGGACAAAAAUGCUUAAAUAUAUUUUUAAAAGAGCCGCGUGAAGCUGUCGGCGACAUGAAAAUAAAAAAUGCAAAUUGCUGAGAAUAAUAAUAUGUGAA